GCUGAGUAAAAAGAAAGUUCAUUGUUCCAAUGGCAGGCGGGUGGUGGGCCGGUUGGAACGCCGCAUGAAUAAGGUUUGUCGUGGAUGUGGUGAUGCAAAAGAAACCGAUAAGCUUUUGGGAUGUGUCCCUCUGCUCUGGGUGUUUUCGCGCUCAUCCAACAAUAGUGGUUUUCAUCAUAUGGUUGCAUCCAUUCUUUUGGAAUUUGGGCGCGAAGUCAAAGCCGCUUGAUGCCGUAGAAAGGUAUAAGAGGGCAUCUUGGCUGGUCGGGGGCUCAGGUUUAAGUUCAUUUUUGAAUUUCGCUACAGUUCGAGCCUCUGCUUCUUCAGACCCUAUCCGAACAGUGAGACCUUGGUCAACCACAGAUAAAAACAAAAACAGAAGACAAUAAUACCCUUUUCAUUCUCAAAAAUGCGCAUCUUCUCUUUCCUGAGCAGUGCCCUGCUUGUGGGCGCUGCUGCCGCCCAAGGGUCCCCCGAUACCUGCGCCCCGAAGCCGAGCGACACCGAGGUCGUCAAAUUCAGCUGGGCUCUCGAGUACCUCCUGGAGCGAUUCUACUACCAGCAGCCGCUCAACCAGACUUUCCUGCAGAGUGCCGACAACAGCUCGCACGCCAACUAUCUUCCCAACUUCCAAGGCAUCCAGCGCCAGAGCCGCCUGGGCCUCCUCGCCACGAAGCAAAUCGGGGCCAAGAUCCCCGACUUCGAGCCCCCCAAGUGCAACUUCACCUUCCCCACGGCCAAGGACGGCGAGUCCUGGGUGAAGAGCGCUAUGCAAAUGGAGAGCAGCGUGUCCGGUGCCUUCAUCGGUCUCUCGGCCUACACCCAGUCCCCCGAGGUCUCUUUCCUUCUCGCCCGUCUGGCCGCCGAGCACACCAGCCACGCCUAUUACAUCGCGACCAACCAGAACGCCACCGUCUUCCAGGCCAACAGCACCACUCUGAUCCCCGCCUACACGCCCGACUGGGUCCUGCAGUCGGGUAGCCAGCCGGGCAAGCUUGGCCAGUACCUCCACAGCUGUGUCAGUGCUCCCAUUUCGCCGUGCGGCAACUUCACCGUCGGACCUCUCAUCGGUUCCUUCGCCGGCCCCUCGUCGGCCGGCAUUCUGCCUUCUUCGUCGCCUACGCCGUCGCCUUCUGGCGCCGCGGGCGCGGGCGCGGGCAUGGGGUCGUCGGCCUCACCUUCCGGUUCGCCUUCGGCUACGCCAAGCCCCAGCUCCUAAGAUGCCGUGGACUUGUUCGCGCCACCAAUGCAUCGAGACAGGCAUCUAUCAAGUGUUCUGACCGGGAUGUCUCAAAUUCGUGGCCCGAAUGGACCAUUCCUAAUGUAAUUUCAUUGAUCAUUCCCCGAAUUCGGGAUGUUAUGUAGUGUAAUGUGACGGAGUCGGGGGAGAUUUAUGGACUGAAUAAUG